UAAUAGGUGACGCAAUUUCAUAGAGUAGACAUGAUCGCUUCGUUUCUGAUUGCUAUGGUAACGGAUUUAUGAAGUUCGAUGCUAACGGCCUAGCUAAUAAGAAUUAACAAUGAAGGCUGGGAUAUUAUUUGUAAUAACAGCCUUAGGUGUGAUCUUUCUAAUCAAAAACGGUGAGGGAAUCAAAUGUUGGGUGUGUCGCUCAGAUUCUGAUCCCAGGUGUGUGGAUCCUUUCGAUAACACAACCAUUCCUAUAUUCGACUGUGAUACUGUAAAGCUCGAUCAUUAUCCAAAUGUUAAAGCAUCCAUGUGCAGAAAGAUAAGACAGAAAGUGUAUGGCAAUUGGCGUUUCAUUCGUUCCUGUGCAUUUCUUGGUACCCCAGGCGAAGGAACUGGUAAUGAGAACUACUGCACUAUGAGAACGGGGACAUACAAUGUGUUCAUGGAGACUUGCACAUGCAACAGUAAAGACGGAUGCAACACCGCCUCAUCCAAUCACCAUCUCUCAUACUUCGCUGCAUUCCUCCUUCCCAUUCUUCUCAUGCUCAGGAUCAGACUGUUUGGCUGAUUCUCGCCAACUUCAUCUUUAGGACCGUUAAAAAAAAAGGAAGAGACAAACCAUAAUCAAAAUUUUUUGAUAGAAGAUAUUAAUCUUUUACAACUUUUAAAGAGUGCCUGACCAUAAUUGUCAUUACCCUUAAUUAGCAGAAAAACAUAAUGAGACCAACCUGCUUUACUGCUAAUAAACACCUUAAUAAGCAGGGUUAGUCAUACGUCACCAACGACACCAAAGCAGCGGGUUCCAAAUAGAGUUGGGUACUGAUUCGAAUCAGUGAUUUGAUUCGGUGAUUCGAAUAACUGAUUCUUAUGAAGUGAUUCACGUCGCCGAUUCCAAUCAUGUGUUUCGGAAUCACUCUUCGAAUCGAAUGAUUCUGAUCAAUGAUUCAAUUCAGCGAUUCGUAUCCUGUGAUUCGGAUCAGUGAUUCGAAUCAACUGAUUCAGUUCUCAUUUCGAAUCCAGUAAUUUGGAUCACUCAUUGCGAAUCACGAGAUUCGAAUAAAAUGCUUUAAGGAAAUUCAAAAUUGGAAAUAAUUCGAAAAAAAAAGGUACCUAUCACUAUUUUUCGUUCAAUUAAUGUCGAUAGAAAAAAAAAUGCAUUAUUCUUUCUCAUUAAUGAAUUCUUUCAAGUAAAUAAAUAUACUUAUUUAUAUCUUUUGUAAAAUUGUAUAUGUUGCUGAUUUAUAUAAAGACUUCUAACUAUGAAUUAAUAAUUAUGUAAAUUUUAAGAAACUACGAAAGAAAUGCUUUAUUUUUUUUAUAUUUAUUUAUUUUUAUCUGAAUUCCUAGACUUCUUUUAAUGGAAAAUCUUGAGUCCUUAAUAAUGAAUGAGUAAGAAUCUCUUAGGUUUUAGAAGAAAUUAACUAUGUAUGACAUGGCAUCACUGUGAAUCAAAAAUAGCUGAAUUUUAGGAGACAAAUAUUCAUUAUAAUUUAAAUUUAUUUCGAUAAAAUCAACUGAUUCGAUUCAUCAAAGUGAACUGAUUCUAUUGAUUCGAAUUACUUUUUUUUCUGCUGUUUCAGGGGAAGAACAAUGAUGCGUUCAAGUUUUUAAUGAAUUACUCGUGAUUUUAAAUACGAUACUGUGGUUCGAUUUUGUUAUUUUGUUCCGCAAAUUUCCGUCCUAUUAUAAUUCCUAAGAUAUCCAUAUUUCGGUUCAAGGUUGAACCAAUAUUUUUUUUCUUCUUUAGAAUAUAGUUUGUGAUUUGUUAAAUGUUACGUGAUUGUCGCUCAGAAAAGUUAUUUGUAUGGCUAUUUUGGGUAAAUCGGAAAAUUCGAUUCUAUGUAAAUAAAAUAAAAUAAAAAAGGUUAAGGAGGAAAAGAUACAAGGGGGGAAAAAGUAUCGAUUGAAAUUUUUUAACUAUGAAAAUGAUCGAUAUCGUGAAAUAUCGAUAGUUUUUCAUGCUAUUGUGAAAUAUCGAUAGUUUUUAGACAUCGCUAUACCGAUGUUUUAACACUAUUGCAAUAAGUAUCGGAUAUACAAUAAUUAUCGGCUAUGGCAAUAUCGCGAUUCUUAUCAACAACUAUGAAUAUCAAAUACCACACAUUGUGAGAAUAAUCGUUAGCGAUAGUUAUUGACACGAUGUUAUCGUGAGUCAUGAUAAAUUUGAUUUUUUAGCGAAAAUAUUAAUCCAUCUGAAUUUUUAAUAUUAGGAAAAUAUCGAAAAAUCGUGAUACUUCCUAGAGAUCUAUCGCGAUAUUAUUAAAAUACUUAUUUCACCCAUCACUAACUAAUAUAUAAUAGUAAUAUUUUAUAUGGUUCUUUCUGAAAGACAAAUUUUUUCAUUGUACUUUUUUCUCCAUUUUUUUUCUUAAAAUGAAUCUCAUUUUUUAUUCUGAGAAACACUUGUCGAUCCGGUGAAUGUCUUUUUUACUUAUGCUCAAUUUUUUUGUGUUAAAA